GAGUUGUGGGACUCUCCACAAUCCAUUCGCCCUGCUCUCUCUCUCUCUAGAAGCUUCCUUCUCUGCUCGGCCUUUACUCUCUCUCUCAAAGCCAAACCCUAGAAGUUUUAUCUCCCAAGAAUUUCAGGAUAAUCAUCCUAAGCCGGCUCUAAUUCCAGGUCAGAAACGGCCUAUUUCGUUUCAAUUUGCCGUUCAAACCCUAGAUCUGACCGCAACCGGUUCGAAUUUUGAUCUGGGAGCCAUAGAGCGGUGAAAUUGGGCGGUUGCGGAGGGCAUGGGUAGGAUUUACAAGGACAACUCGGAGCCCUCACCGUCGUCGUCGACGAGCGCUACUACUUCGACGUCGGUCACCGAGACCGUGAAUGGGUCGCACCAAUUCAAGAUAAACGGAUAUUCGCUGUCCAAGGGGAUGGGCAUCGGGAAGUACGUAGCGUCCGACACGUUUACGGUCGGUGGGUAUGACUGGGCGAUCUACUUCUACCCCGACGGGAAGAGUACCGAAGAUAAUGCGGUGUACGUGUCGCUCUUCAUCGCUCUUGCCAGCGAUGGCACGGAUGUGAGGGCGCUGUUCGAAUUGACGCUUUUGGAUCAGAGUGGGAAGGGGAGACACAAGGUUCACAGCCAUUUCGGGAGAGCGUUGGAGAGUGGACCGUACACGCUCAAAUACCGCGGAAGCAUGUGGGGUUAUAAGCGGUUCUUCAAACGAACUCUUUUGGAGACAUCAGACUAUCUGAAAGACGAUUGCCUUUCAGUUCAUUGCAGUGUCGGUGUUGUCAGGUCACAAACCGAGGGCCCAAAAACCUACUCUAUUCCUGUGCCUCCAUCUGACAUUGGUCAGCAUUUUGGAAGGCUACUGGAAUGCAGCACGGGGACAGAUGUAAGCUUUGAAGUCAACGGGGAAACCUUUGCGGCCCACAAGUUGGUACUUGCAGCUCGGUCACCUGUUUUCAGGGCUCAACUUUUUGGGCCAAUGAAGGAUCAAAAUACAGAGUGCAUACCAGUUGAAGACAUUGAGGCUCCAGUGUUUAAGGCUUUACUUCACUUUAUUUACUGGGAUGCCUUGCCUGACAUGGAAGAACUUACUGGUUUGAAUUCAAAAUGGGCUUCUACCUUGAUGUCUCAGCAUCUGCUUGCUGCUGCUGAUCGUUACGGUUUAGAGAGACUCAGGUUGCUCUGUGAGGCUAAUCUUUGUGAAGAUGUUGCCAUAAACACUGUGGCAACAACAUUGGCCCUGGCAGAGCAGCAUCACUGUUUCCUACUGAAAUCUGUUUGUCUCAAAUUUGUUGCAAUGCCUGAAAAUCUAAGAGCUGUGAUGCAGACUGAUGGUUUCGAAUACUUGAAGGAAAGUUGCCCCUCUGUGCUUACUGAACUGCUGGAGUAUGUAGCCAGAAUGAACGAGCACUCUGUUGUCGGCAGCAAGCGCGGUACCGAGUCUCUCCUGGACGGAAUUGAUGCUAAUGGUAGACGGGUGAAGCCAAGAUUUGUGUAGAAAGCUGGCGGUUGCUAAAGAAGGAAGAUAUAGCAGAAAAGAAAGGUUUAGAGAAACAUUUAUAACUUUGUCUCUAAUUUAGCAAAAUUGUUGGUGAUGCUGUAAAUUGAAUGCUUUUUAAAGCCUUUGAUUAAGGUAGUGUGCAAUUAUCCAGUCUUUCCCUUUGGCUUCUUUGGCCAGGCUUGUGUUCUUUUUGUUCUUUUCUUUUUAGAAGCUAUCUAGAGAAAAGCACAUAAUUUUUUGGUGGCUCUC